AUGUCUCUCCUCAGUUUGCCAAACGAAAUUUUGCUAGCCAUAGCAGAGAACCAAGACUGCGAAAAAGACAUAAAUGCGUUUGCAAGAACCAGUGGCCGUUGCUAUAUCCUCCUGAACCCCUUCCUCUAUGCCUACAACGUCCGAGAGCACCAGGGAAGCGCCCUCCAUUGGGCAGCAACCCAAGGAAUUGUGAGGGCGGCCCAAGAAUCACUCCAGCAAGGAGCAGAAAUUGAAUCGAGGGACUGGGAAACACAAAACCCGCCGUUGAUACUGGCCGCUUACUACGGCCAUGCUGAUAUGGUUACCUUCCUGUUGGCACAGGGCGCUGACCCGUACGCCGAAAGCGGCGGGAGGACCCAAGACGCGAUCACAUCAGCUGUGCUCCGCAAUAAAACAGCCGUCGCUGAAAUCUUGCUUGAUAGCGGGAUUGAUGCAAAUAGGACGGACUACAGGGGAAGCAGCCUAUUGCAUCUUGCGGCUGAAUCAUCUCCCCUCAGCCUCAAGGCAGUGGUGAGAAUUCUUAUUGAGAGAGGUGCCAAUCUGGAAUCUAGGAAUGAACUGAGUCAGACUCCGUUACAGGUAGCGUGUAAGUCUGGUUCCGUGGAAGUGGCCCGAUGUCUCAUAGAGAGCGGUGCCAAUUUGAAUGUGCGGAGUGAAAGUGGAAGUUCGCUCCUGCACCUGGCGUUCAGUGAAGUCAAGACCGUUGAGUUGUUGGUGCAGAAAGGAGCUGAUAUCGAGGCGAAAGAUGAGCAAGGUGAGACACCACUGCAUCUGGCAUGUCGGGAUGGCUGGGUCGAAACAGCAUCAUUCUUGCUGGACCAUGGUGCAGAUAUAGAGUCAAGAUCGCUAGAUGGGAGCACACCAUUGAUGCGGGGAGUACUCUGGGAGAGUAUUAUAUGCAGGGAGCUGGGCCCAACCUCUGUGACCACCCUCUUGCUGUCACGAGGUGCCAAUCCAAGGCAGGGAAAUGAUUUCGAUAUCACACCAUUGCAUUGUGCGACGGCCAAAGCAAAUUCUGCGCUUUUCAGGCUAUUGCUACGAUAUGGUGCCGAUGUAGAGCCAAAAACUAGGGCUGGCGUGACGCCGCUACACAAAUUAGCGUCCACUGGCUCACUGGACUCCGCAAGGCAAUUGUUGCAGAGAGGCGCUGAUGCACAACCGAGGGACGAAGAAGGCAAUACACCAUUGCACAUGGCAGCGGAGAGAAAUGAUGUGGAAUUCAUCAGUUUGCUGCUAGCGGCAGGCGCUGACCGGCUGGUCAGAAACAACAAGGGUCAAUUUCCUAUACAUGUAGUAUCAAAAGCAGCACACAAAUCAGAAGAAAGACAGAGAGAAGUGAUGGCUCUCCUCGAGGUUUGGUCUGAUAAUUAG